AUAAGACAUUAAUAGUAUGGCUUUCGCGGGUUAUGAGAGAUAUGUUAGGGUUUCAUUUUGGAUGAGAAGAAAAUUUGAAGGCGUAGAUCAGCCUCUGUGCUACCAACAUCACCAUGAAAUGCCCACUCCCAAUCUUGAAACAGGUAACCUCUACUACCCACUUCUUUUAUUUGUUUUCACUCUCUCUACGCCCUCUGUCUUUCUCUGCAAACAAACACAAACCCUCACAUACUGACAAGUCUUUACCAGACAUAUCUCCUACCUUUAAUGUUGUACAAUUCAAUAAAUCCAUCAAGGCCCUCUGUAAAUCGAGCAACACAAACAAGGCGUGGGAUUUCUUUCACUCAGCCAUUGCUAAACGCCUUCCUCUCACUCUUGUAACCUUCAAUGUGCUUUUGGAUGGUCUUGGGAAUGACGGCGACCGCCGUAGAAUUUACUCUCUCCUCGUUGAAAUGGAAGAGAUGGGCAUCCCUCAAGAUGUAUAUACUUACAACACCCUCAUAAAGAUUGUGUGUACAUGGGGUAAAAUUGAGGAGGCACACGAGCUCUUGCACCAAAUGAGGAAUAUCCAUUGUUUUCCUGAUAUUGUUUCCUACAACACCUUAAUUGACGCUCUCUGCAAGAAAGGUAGGGAAGAUGAAGCUUUAGUAUUGGUAGCUCAAGUGAUACAAGAUGGCAUUUUUCCAGAUAUUUUUUCAUACAAUGCCCUAAUUAAUGGUCUUUGCAAGGUGGGUAGGGAAGAUGAAGCUAUCGGCUUAUUUAUUGGAAUGAGACGUUCCCAUUGUUCUCCAGAUAUUAUUACAUAUAACGGUCUGAUUGAUAGUUUCUUCAAAGUAAGAAGAGUAAAUGAAGCUCUAGCAUUAAUAUGUAAAAUGAUACAAAAUGGUUAUUUCCCCAAUCAAGUGGCAUUCAAUGCAGUUAUUAAUGGGCUAUGCAAAGAUGGACAGAUGGACAAGGCGUGGGAUUGUUUUCAAAUCAUGUCGAGAAAGGGUUUAUCACCAGAUGUUUUUACAUACAAUUCUGUGAUUGCUGCAUUCUGUAGAACAGGACACAUGGGCAUGGCAUUUCAAAUGUUAGAAAAAAUGACAAGAAAGGGUUUGGAACCUGAUAAAGUGACUUGCAACACGAUCAUCUAUGGUUUGUGUAAAGUAGGUGAUCUUGCUAGUGCUCAUAUCCUAAUGAAUAAGAUACUUGAUGAAGGCAAGGCCCCUGAUGUAAUAGCUUACAACUCUCUGAUUAAUGGUCAUUGUAAAAUUGGUCAAAUGGGUGAGGCUUUAAAGCUUUUUAAAAGCAUGGAAAUGGUUGGCAUUAUUCCAAAUGUUGUAACCUAUACCACGCUAAUUGCCACGUUAUGCAAAGAAGACAAACUUGAUGCUGCUUUAUUAUUGUUAGAUGAAAUGAGAGCAAAAGGUUUGGUUCCGAAUAGGUCACAUACUGCACAUUAUUUCGGGGUGCUCGCAAAAGAUGUGAAUUGGAAAAAACUUUUUUUUAAUGGAUCAAAUGCAGAAGCAAGGCUGUGUUCCAAUUUGCAGCGUAUGCAAGCAAAUGGGCGUUGGGGUUUUGGAGGCAGAGUCGUGGAGAUUUUAAGUGCGAGGUCUUAUGGCAACCUUCGACAAAUUGCAGUGAAUAAUAUGCAAGAACGAUACAUUCCUGGGAAUACCUUGGAUGAAGCUGUCAAGGCUUAUGACCUGCUCUCUGUAAAUCGGGCAACACAAACAAGGCAUGGGAUUUCUUCCACUCACUCUUGUAACCUUCAAUGUAAUCCAAUGACGGCGACCUCCGUAGAAUUUACCCUCUCCUCGCUGAAAUGGAAGAUACGGGCAUCCAUUCAAAAUGUCAUCACUUACAGCAUUCUCAUAAAGUCUUUGUGUAUAUGGGGUAAACUUGAGGAAGCACACGAGCUCUUGCACGAAAUGAGGAAUAACCAUUGUUUUCCUAAUAUUGUUACCAACAACACCUUAAUUGACGCUCUCUGCAAGAAAGGUAGGGUAGAUGAAGCUUUAGUAUUGGUGGCUCACGUGAUACAAGAUGGCCUUUGUCCAAAUACUUUUUUUAUACAAUACCCUAAUCAAUGGUCUUUGCAAGAUGCCUUUUUCAAAGCUGGAAAAACAGAGGAGGCGUAUAAUGUGUUUCUACAAAUGAUAGAGUUUGGUCCUUUUCCCAAUCAAGUGGUAUUCAAUGCAGUUAUUAAUGGGUUAUGCAAAGAUGGACAGAUGGACAAGGCAUGGGAUUGUUUUCAAAUCAUGUCAAGAAAGGGUUUACACCCAGAUGUUUUUACAUACACCUCUGUGAUUGCUGCAUUCUGUAGAACAGGACACAUGGGCAUGGCAUUUCAAAUGUUAGAAAAAAUGACAAGAAAGGGUUUGGAACCUGAUAAAGUGACAUGCAGCACAAUCAUUGAUGGUUUGUGUAAAGCAGGUGAUCUUGCUAGCGCUCAUAUCUUAAUGAAUAAGAUACUUGAUGAAGGCAAGGUCCCUGAUGUAAUGGCUUACAACUCUCUGAUUAAUGGUCAUUGUAAAAUUGGUCAAAUGGGUGAGGCUUUAAAGCUUUUUAAAAGCAUGGAAAUGGUUGGCAUUAUUCCAAAUGUUGUAACCUAUAACACGCUAAUUGCCACGUUAUGCAAAGAAGACAAACUUGAUGCUGCUUUAUCAAUGUUAGAUCAAAUGAGAGCAAAAGGUUUGGUUCCAAAUGAGGUCACAUACAACACAUUAUUUUCAGGUGCUUGCAAAAGAUGUGACUUGGAAAAAAACUCUUUUUUUAAUAGAUCAAAUGCAGAAGCAAGGCUGUGAUCCAAGUGAUAAGACCGUUGAGAUAGUCUGCUGGCUGAUUGAUGUUGGUCAAAUAGAAAAAUUAAAAGACUUUGCAAAUAGCAAAGCUUCUAUUAUUUCUUGAUACUCAUAACUUGAGAGUGAUAGAUUGUUGAAGUCACUCACGUAUAUUUCUUUUCUCAUUGUAUGAAGUUGCGUCCUCAAUUUGAGGGUCUUUCUAUGAUGGAUAUGUGAUAACUUACUUUGAUUUGAAGACUGGA